AACAAAACAAAUACACAGUUUACUACAAAAAAAAAAUAUUUCCUUCUUCAUUAUUCUUUUUGAAGAAGUGAAUCUGGACGAAGAACUAAGACCGUCAAUUUUUGGAACUUGAAACCAUCAAAUUCAUCAAAAAUAUAUAUUCAAAGAUCUUAUUUUUGCAUUCCUACUUGUAUUUAAGCUUCUUGAUUCAUCAAAAGAAUAUAUUCAAAGAUCUUAUUUUUGCAUUCCUAUUUGUAUUUAAGCUUCUUGAUUCAUCGAGAACCCUAGUUAUAUAGCCUUUUCCACAUUUUUCCUGCUUCUUCUUAUUCGUGGUGGUCACUACUAAAACAUGAAGCUCUUUGGAUGGAUGCAGAACAAGCUACAUGGGAAACAAGGGAACACUCAUAGACCAAGUACAUCCUCUGCUUCUUCUCAUCAACCACGAGAGGAGUUCAGCGACUGGCCUCAUGGACUACUUGCGAUUGGAACGUUCGGUAGUGUGGCCAAAGAGCAAACACCAAUAGAGACUGUUCAAGAAGAGAAGCCCUCUAACGUGCACGUGGAAGGUCAAGCGCAAGAUAGAGAUCAAGAUCUUUCACCCUCCGGUGACCUAGAAGAUUUCACUCCGGAGGAAGUUGGGAAACUUCAGAAGGAGCUGACGAAGCUCUUGACAAGAAAGAACAAGAAGAGGAAGUCCGAUGUGAAUAGAGAACUUGCGAAUCUUCCUCUGGAUAGAUUCUUGAAUUGUCCUUCGAGUCUUGAAGUCGAUAGACGAAUCAGCAACGCUCUUUCUGGUGGUGGUGGAGAUUGUGAUGAGAACGAAGAAGACAUUGAGCGUACGAUCAGUGUUAUCUUGGGAAGAUGCAAAGCCAUUUCUACAGAGAGUAACAGUAAGAAGAAGAAGACUAAGAAAGAUUUGAGCAAAACCUCUGUCUCUUAUCUCCUCAAGAAGAUGUUUGUCUGUACAGAAGGGUUCUCUCCUCUUCCUAAACCUAUCUUGAGAGACACGUUUCAAGAAUCAAGAAUGGAAAAGUUACUGAGGGUGAUGCUACUCAAGAAGAUUAAUGCUCAAGCUCCCUCGAAGGAAACACCAAUGAAGAAAUACGUGCAAGACGAGCAACAGCUUUCACUAAAGAAUGAGGAAGAAGAAGGAAGUAGUAGUAGUAGCGAUGGGUGUAAAUGGGUCAAAACAGAUUCUGAUUUCAUUGUUCUUGAGAUCUGAUCCCACUUCUCCCUUUUUCAUGUCCUUACAAGAAAGUACAGAUAGAGGAUCUUCAUUCAUAUCAAGACACGGAAAAUUCAAAAAGAAGUGAUUCAAUCAAUUUUCUUUUUCCUUCUGAUGAAAGUUUAUGGGUAUCUGUAGAUCCCAUGAGUUUCUCUUUUUUGCAUGUUUGAGUCCAUAAAACCAAACACGUUCUGGAAACUAAAACAUUGGAAUACAGUAAAUUAAACAUUUAUACGAGUACAUACAUGUGUGUAUAUAAGGAGAGAAUUAUAUAUAUACAUACAUGUAUGUAGUUGUGUAUUUUCAGGUGGAUAACCUUAGUUUUAUAUAAAGACUUCGUCACUCUCUUUUUUUCUUUACACUU